AUGCGAAACAAUCAGUCAGAGCAACGGGGCCGGACAGGUGCCCCCCUCCCCACCCUUGCUCCAUGUGGACAUGCAGCAAGCAAGGUUUAUCCUGGCUUGCCGGAGUACGAGUAUCCUUCGCCGGUGAGCGUCCGAAACACCUUCCUGAACGUGGAGAUUGGAAGGCCUCCGUCCAUCGACGAGUUCUACCAGGAGCGCGGCUUGCGCUCGGCGCCAGGGAGUGCCUUUGGCAUACCUCCAGGCCUGAACUCGGGGAUCGCAGGCAGCCAAGUCACCGAGGAAGAUGACUUCGUGCCCGCCAGAGAAAAGAUGCAGGAGAACACGCCCAAGGCCCAACCUUCACAGCCUGGUUCUACUGUCGCGGUCACACAGUGGCCAAGGACAAUGAGUGGCGACGGCUUGGAGGAGUUCAUCUCGGCUGGGCUUGGAGUAGUGGAUGUCAGUGGGAAGGCUCCUUCUCUCAAGGAGAUGCCUCCGCCUCCACCGCCUGAGAGGGCUCCGCAGUUUAUCAUCCCGGAGAGCCUCCCGCCUCUGCCAAAUGGCCGAGAGAAGGAUGCGGCAGACGUGCCUGUUCCGGUCAAACUGGCGCAGGCCGAAGUCGUCGCCACCCCUGCCCCGUCAACUGGAGCCCUUGGGAUGUCCGCAAGCACCGUUUGCCCUUAA